AUGGAGCGACCUUCGAAGAAAGAAGCAGCCUCAGAGGCUUCCCCGGAGACAAGAAAGAAGAGCAUUGUCUUCUUUCAUCCUGACCUCGGUAUCGGCGGAGCUGAACGACUGGUCGUAGACGCAGCGUUCGGGCUUCAAAAUCUGGGACACAAAGUCACCAUCUUUACCUCCUACCGCGAUCCUGGUCACUGCUUUGACGAAGCUCGAGACGGUACUCUCGAUGUCCGCGUCAGGGGCAACAAUGUCUUCCCAGCCACCAUCUUGGGGCGCUUCAAGAUCCUUUGCUCCAUUCUUCGCCAGCUACAUCUCCUCACCACCAUCACGUGGACCGGCGAACUGGCGACGUUGAGCCCGAGUGUGUUCUUCCUGGAUCAGCUGUCUGCCGGCAUACCCUUUCUUCGCUGGUACUGGGAAGAUGUACGGAUCCUAUUCUAUUGCCACUUUCCAGAUCUACUCCUGGUACAAAACAGGACCGCUUGGCAUAGGCGGAUUUGGCGGGUUGGCUUUGACUGGCUUGAGAGUUGGAGCAUACGAGGGGCAGACAGGGUCAUCGUGAAUAGCGCCUUCACGAAAGGUGUAGUGGAGCAAAUCUGGCCCGGGCUAGGGGGUGAAAGCGGCAUUGGUGUCGUUUACCCAUGCGUCAACACGGAAUCCAUGUCGAAGGCCAAUGGGAAUGCGCCAGAGGAGAAAGGAAGCCAAGAGAUGUGGAAGGGAAAGAAGGUUCUACUAAGCAUCAAUCGCUUUGAGAGGAAGAAAGAUGUCGCUUUGGCCAUCAAAGCUUUUGGUGGUCUAACCGCAAAAGAGAGGGAAAGUGCUCGACUUGUGAUCGCUGGCGGGUAUGAUCUGCGAGUGCAAGAGAAUGUUGCAUAUCACAAGGAGCUCGAGUCCCUAUCGGACGCCCUGACACUCAAAUCUGCUACUGCAAAGAAUAUAGUCUCUGCCCAAGCGAUUCCCAAUGACAUCGAGGUCCUUUUCCUCCUGUCAGUACCCGAUCAAUUGAAAACAUCAUUGCUCAGGGUAGCCAAAAUCCUGAUCUACACUCCGUCAAACGAACAUUUUGGCAUUGUGCCUUUAGAGGCCAUGUUAGCCGGAGUGCCAGUCCUUGCAGCGAAUUCUGGUGGUCCUUUGGAGACUGUGGUCGACGUCGAGACAGGCUGGCUACGACCUAAAGAUAACGUGAGUGCGUGGGAAGAAGUCCUGAGAGAUGUGCUGUCGCCGGAACGCGACCAGAACCUGGCUCAACUGGGUAAGAAUGGAAAAAGGCGAGUAGAAACAGAGUUCUCUGAAGACCGGAUGGCCCGUCACUUUGAAGAGGAGCUGGAUGCGACUAUGAAAGGUCCUCACCCGCAGGCAACAGAGCUCGGCGAUGUCGCGACAGCAUUGGUGCUGUAUUUGACCGUCAUAGGUACGAUCGCUUUCGUUAUCCGUGAAGGGCUCAAGCCUCAAAUCAGUGGCACUACGAAUAAAGCUACCGACUAUGCUUUAGGUGCCGGCAUCAUCAGUACAGCUCUGGCUGGCGCUGCCGUAAUCACGUGGAAAUUGAUGCAGAAUGAAUCUGCAUUCUCCUGA